CACGCCCCCGCGUUUUCCCUGUCUUCUUCCUUAAGCCUCUUCCCUCCCACUCUUCCUUUCUGUCUUUCCACUCCUGCACAGUCUCCCUCUCUCGCGCUCUUUCUCUCUGCCUCCUCUGCCUUUCCCUUCUGGCAUAUAGCUGCUGCUGUUGCUGGAGCGGCGUGGCGCGGUGUCGGCGGCAGCUGUGCAUGUGUUGGGGUUUUCUCUGAGCUUUAAGGGAGAGCUGGGUAAGCCAGUCCAGAGAGCACAUAGAAGUAGAGGGGAGGGGGGAGGGCUUCCUCCAUCCCCGGCGAGACUCGGAGCCAGCAGGAUUUUUAUCUCCCUGUCUCCAGGAUGAGGCUGUGCGUGAGCAGAAGGAUCAAGACAGGUAUAACAAACAGUAAUUCUGCUGGCCACACUUAGCUGAGAUCUCUUGGAUAACUCACAUGCAUGCCAACUUCCUGUGGCCAGGCCCUAUAAACACAUGAGAGGGAAGGAACAGAGACAAACCAUGAAAAAGAUAUACAUUGGCAAAACAGCCUUAAAAGUCCCCCGAAAUGGUGGCAAACACCCAAAAAAGAGCUCUUUGCUGGAGCAGAAGGAGGACUUGCGGAAGAGACUUUCCUACACAACACACAAACUGGAGCUGCUGCAGAGCGAGUUCGACUCCACCAGGCAGUACCUGGAGACGGAGCUGCGCCGAGCACAGGAGGAGCUGGACAAGUUCACAGACAAGCUUCGCAGAAUACAAAGCAGCUACUCGGCACUGCAGAGGAUCAACCAAGAUCUGGAGGAAAAGAUCCACAGAGAUUCGCAGCACCACGAAGAUGAGAAACGAGCUCUGAGCAGAGAAAUCAUCGUCCUUAACAACCACCUGAUGGAGGCCAAGCUCACCAUUGAGAAGCUGCAAGAGGACAAUGAGCUGUACAGAAAAGACUGUAACUUGGCUGUUCAGCUGCUGCAGUGCAACAAGUCUCUGUACAGAGCCCAGCUCUCCGAGCUUCCUGCUGACUGUCAGGAGCGCCUGACCAUGCAUCUGGAAGAAUCUCCUCUCUGCCACGACUACCCUGACUCUACUUCCCUCAUUGCCAACGUGCUUGAAAAGCCAGAUGAGGCCUGCAGCAGCCAGGCGUCCCGCUCGCCCAGCCCCCAAACCCAGAACCAUACGUUCAUUCUCGAAAGACUCGGGCCAGGAGAGCGCCUGGGGCUCAGAGCGGCCUACAAAUCCGACCUGUACAGCAGUGACACGGCUCUGUACUGCCCCGAAGACCGUCACCGCGAGAGGAGGCCCAGCAUGGACGUACACGGCCACAGGACGUUCCUGUAUGGACCACAGAACUCCACCGACAGCACACCGGAGGAGGGUUCUGUGGGACUGCAAGCCGGGUUCUCCCAGGAGCAUUUUCCCAAGUUCCCUGCAGCGCUGGCUGGAGGCUCCAGCUCUUACUCCAGCUUCAGUGGAGGUGGCUCGGAGGAUAAAGGCAAUGACCCACCCAGUAGUGCAGCUUCCUCACCACGUCAUCAAUCCCUCUACAUGGAAUGGAGAGAUGCAGGGGACUAUGAGAGAAAGAGUGACUCAUCCUGGGAGAGGGACAGUCCAAGGAGCUUUGGGAACGCUCAUCCUUUCCAACAGACUGAGCUGAGCCACCAUCAGAACGGCAGCUCGCCGGUCUACAGCCGCACCAUGUCCUCGUGUUUCAGUGAGCCGUACGAGCCUCUGCCUCCAUCUUCCUCCCCAAGUGUCGCUUACGGAGACAGUCGCCGAGGCAGCACUUUAGCCCCCGAGGAGGAAGAACUGAUUGGUAGAUGGAGACAGCUUAGUGUUGAAGACUUAAGCGCCCACUCAUACCGCAGUCCAGGAAGAGCCUCGCCUUACAGCUUCUCAGAGCAGCACUUUUCCGUCCGCCCCGCCAAAAUCCGCCUUGGUCCACUCUACAGCAGCUUCCAGGAGGGCGCUGACUACUACCAUCAUGGUGCAGAUGCCAUGGAUCCGGUGUGGGUCGCAGCCAGCCCCGAAUGCAGCCCCGGACUGCGGCAAGCACACAGCCAAGCCCAUCUGUACCGAAGUGAGGACAGCCAGGGGUCAGAGCACAGCCUCUACCAGUCAGGGAGCUCCAAAGACAGGGAGGGCAACGUUGCAGCUGGAGGCCAGAGCACAGAGUACGUUGACCCCAGUCCCAAUAGCUCCACCGAGUCCCUCAACCAGAGGUCCCUGGAAAUGGCCGCAGAGCUGCAGCACUAUCAGGUUGAGAUGCACAGCAUGCCCGCGCAGGCAAGCCAGCAGCCGCCACCAACUCCACCGCCUCCUCCUCCUUAUAACCAAAAAUUUGGCUCUUUGGGGCUUUCAAGGAAGGACAGUCUUACAAAGGCCCAGCUUUACGGAACCCUUCUGAACUGAAGGACUUUCAAAUGAGGUUGAAACCUUUGAUUCGACUAAACACACAAGGCCUUGGUGCACUCGAGUUAUGUUGCUGCUACCAUUUAGCUGAAAAUGGUUCAAAAAGCAGCCAGGUACCAAAUGGUUCACGCAGAUGAAACUAGUGGAGAUUAUUUAGGAGAGAUGAUUACGCGAUAGAGGAUUGCAAAUAUUUUUGGGGAAGUUAGCCACAACUAAGGUGGAAACAGGCAGAGAGGAGUUCAUGACAUUUUAAAAUGUAUAUGAAUGUGUAUGUAUUUACGUUUCAAAUGUCUAAAAAAGCAUAAUAACUAAGAAUUGAGUGAUAUAUUUUAUAAGUAGUUGUUAGCAACAAAUUUAUUUGAAAAGUGCAGUUCUUAUUUAUAAUCCUGCAAGUUGUAAAUAAAUUUAAAAACUGCUAGUGCCAUGUCUGAAAGCUCAGAUUUGAAUCGGAAUAAGCUGCGCACAGACUCGUUUCAGUCGUUAUUUUAAAUCAGCUGAAAGAAUCUCGGCCUUUUGAGGAUUUAAUGAAGAAAUCGAUUACGAAUUAAUUCCUUAAAUGACAAACGAACAUUUCUCUUACUUUAAUUGAUUUUUAGCAGUAUUGAUGGGUGUGAUUUCUUGUUAUUGAUGGAACGUUUUGAGAUGUAAACAUCUGUCUUAGCGGUCAGUAUUUAUUUAUUAGAUUUUUUUGCACUUUUGUUGUCUCUUUGAGAGGUUCUCCUGCCCCAGUUCUACCUCAGAUUUGAAUGCCCACACCCACCUAAGCCUCUGUAAGUUUGUUUUUUAGACAAUGAUGCAUGGUCAUAUACUUUGUUGUUUUGUUCUCUUAAUAAAGCACAAAUUAUAACUUCAA